CAGAAACUUAAUAAUUUAUUAAUAACUAUUCACAAUUAACACUAUCAGACCAUGUUGUCUUGAUCUGUGCUUUAUCUGUUCUUUUUUCCCUUACGGAUGUAAAGUCCGUGUAAAUCUGUGAAUCUGGCAGGUACGCCGGUACGCCUCCAUUAUUACACGAGUCAGGAGUCUGAAGUCUGGAGUCUGCUUGUUGCUGUUGCCUGUUGGUUUGCCGAGUGUGUUGGCGUCCAGAACACGUGUAAAACACGACCGAAAAUAAAAAAUAAAUAGUUCAAACAUAAAGUUUAUUUUGGCUUCUAUUGCACACUACACAUCUUGUGCUCACGUACACAUUCAUAUAAUCUGGAAUAAUCUUAGCCUACACAAGUUAGAUGGGAUUUGUGUGCUGUCUUCAAUAUUGAUGUUUUUUCUUCAAUAGUGUGAUAUCACAAAAGGAGAUAUGGCUUCUCUUGUCGAAGAUGUUGCCCGACUUCGUCAAGUUCUAGAAGCGAACUCUAUCUCCAACGAAGACGUUGACGAAGAUGUAUUGAUCGCUCUAUUAGAUAUGCACGCAUCAGACAAACAACGUGUUGACCUGGUUUUAUUGGAAUUGCAAAAUUUGCUCGGGAAAGAAUUGAUUGUUGGACAUCUAGGCGAAGCACAACGAGAAAGAUGGAAAGAACUGCAAGCCCCUAUCGAUACCCAAGACGAAGUUUUGAUUGUUAACGAGAUCUCUCAGCAGGCUAGAAUUCCCGACGUGAUCGAAGUGAUCGAUCUUCACGAGCCAUCAACUUCUGGACAAUCUACUGUCUACUCUGCGCAAUUGUCUUCAAGUAAACGGAAACUAUCCAGCGAUUCCACAGAAAGCAACGUUCCAAAGAAACAAGCAUCUGCAACAAAUCUUUUUGACAGAGAAGCGAAAAAUCACAAGUCAGAUUGUGACAUGCAACCAUCUCAUUGUCGUUGUCCUUCCGUCUCAUGGAUUUGGGCUCAAUUACCCGACGCGGUACAAUCUGUUCGUAGUGGUAAAUGGAUGCUCUUCGUCAGCAAGGAAUAUGUUGAUGAAACUUGGGAAAAAGUCAAGAAUCUUCUUGCGGACAAUCAACUUGGCAAUGGAGCUAAAGUCGCCAACGGAGAAGAAAAAACCUACCUGAUUUGUUUGUACACUUACGAUUUUGAAGAUGUCCAAGAUGUUUUUCGAGUGCUAGUCGCAUUGAGACGUAACCGCCUAUCCGGUGGACACCUGAACUACAAGACGGACGAUGCGACGCAUCAAGGAUUGUACACAACUGACCAGGCGGCCAAGGCUGCAGGCUUUCAAUCGGCUAAGAAGACUCACCCUAAUGAAAAAGUGUCGAUGUACUCGUCUCCGCCCCCACGAACUAACAAUCCGGCAUGGGACAAAGAUUUCGUUCAACUCUUCUUGAAUAAUAUUGGAACUGAUUGCAGAAAGGGGCUUGUAGCGGAAAUGCGGAAAAAUUGUGAUGACGCUGAGUCAAAGGAAAUCUUUUACAAUCCACCCCAAAUAGUGCCUCUUAACAAGUACAGUAAUAAGAAGUCCACUAGUAAAUAAUUAAUGCGGCUCUUAAUUUACGAAAAUAGUCUGAUAUUUUCAAAACUUAAAUUUGUAAUUUGUUAACAUGUUCGCAUCAUUUAAUCUAGAAUAAACUUUUUCUUUGAAAA